AUGGAAAAAACUACCAAAAGGAGAAAGACAUCUCCACCACCAGCAUCUUUAUUAUCAGCAUUAUCAUUGGAAAAAAGGCAGAGAGAUUUGACUAUUAUAGAUUCUUAUGUAAAGAAGCAAUGCAUAGUCCCAGAA